AUGCACCUCCGGCGUCCUCGCAAACCCUCUGAAACCUCACCAACAAGAAGCUCAGGUACUUCUGGUACUGCAGGCAUACUCUUUUCUCUCCCUACUCUCAAUUUCCGGUAUAGUGGUUGUAAAGUUUUAUCCUUGAUUCACUCGAAUGGGGCAUCUUCUUCUGUUUCUUCUAAUCCCGGUCUUUCCAGAAUUCGCGCUGAUUCGUUCUUCAGAUGGUAUUCAACAUCUUCUAUCAGAAGUUCUAAAUCUGAGGAAGUUGGGGUUGGUCAGACUAUAAUGUAUGCUACUUCGAAACAAGUCUUGAAUUUAGAGAAGGUGUCUGCAUUGCGAUUCUUUCAUUGGAUUAGGCAUUGGCAGGCUGAAUUUUACAGUAACUCUGAUGUUUGCAGUUUAAUGAUUGAUAAUUGUGGUUGCUCGGGAGAUUAUAUGACAAUGAGUUCUCUUCUAAAUGAUUUUAGUCUGAAAGAUUUUUGUCUUAACAAAAAUGCUUUUGGGUUUUUGCCUGUUCUGGUAUCAAGUAACGGAUCAUUGAAGAAAUCUGUUGAGAGAGUGGUUAAUCUGUUGAAUAAAGUUAGAGGGUCUUCUCGAGCUUCAGGGAUCCCUGCCUUGAUCGAGAUGCUUAGUGCCACGGCUUCCUUUGAAAUGGCCUUGUUUGUUAUCAAGAAAGCAAGGAAGAGAGUAUCCUAUUACAAUAUUUUGGUGGGAGAAAAAGUGUCGAAGUUAAACAUUCCAUCUCUUCUUUUGGACCAAAUGGUGAAAAGGAGUGUUAAACCUCGGCUUACAACUCAUGCUGCCUUUAUCAAGGGAUAUUUCAGAGCAGAAAAAUAUGAGGAAGCCUACAAUUAUGUGAUUGGUUCAAGCGAGAAGUACAAAUGUGAUAGCAAUAUGAACUACAGCUUGCUUGCAAGUCUUCAUCUCAAGAAAGGAAAUCUAGUUGUUGCGAGAAAUAUUUUAUACGAAAUGAUAGAUAAAGAUCUAAGACCAUAUAAUUAUGUGUAUAAAAAGGUGUUGAAGCACCUACAGAAGUCAGGCAGGGAAGAUUUGGCUAGAGAUAUAAACAGCAGGUUCUCUAGUUUGAAUGUCACCUAUCUGAAAACUGUAAUAUUGCACCAUUUGAUAAAUGUUGUUGAAGAUUUGUAA